UCUCUAUAACCUUCAUUAAAAAAAGCCUCUUUGUUCUUUUGGAGCUUACCUUCCGCCUUGGUGGAGUCUUUCCUAUUUCAAAGCUGUGAUUUUUCCAAAUAUACAUAUAUAUAUUACAAGAAUUUAUUGGUUGAGAACAGGCUCUCUAAAGUCCACAGUUCUUACUUUGUUAGCUAGCUUCUUCACCUCUUCCUCUCAGGGUUUUUUUAAUCUAAAGUUUCGUUUGGUUUCGUGAUGUGGGUCUUCGUUGUCUUUAGCUCUGGUUGAGUAACUCCUUUAAGUUUGUUGCUGCUUCUUGUUCUUCAAAUUUAUCGAGGAAAGGUGAUCUAUUUGGAUAAGUCAAUGGAGAGUGGCUUCCCAAAGAAUGUUGAAUCGUCGUGUCCUCAACUUCUUGAUCUGAUUCCUCAAGAGAGAGAGUGGCAUCAUGUGAAGAAGACAGAAGAUGGAUCUUCACCGGAGAAGAAGCUGGAACUGAGGCUUGGUCUUGGUCCCCCAGGUGAAGAGAACUGGUCCGAUGACUCUUUACUCUCACUCGGCUACUUCCCUUCUUCAAUGAAGAGCAAUGGAAAACAAACACACAAGUUUCCAUGUCCGGAGGAUCACCCUGUUGGGUCAGUUUUGUCCACUCCAUGGACCAAAAACCACCACCAACAUCAGCAGACAAAGACUUCUUCAUUUCACCAGUUCUCAUCUGCAACUGCCCCACAACAUAGCUCGCCUGUUAUGGCAAAGGAAUCUUCACAUCCCUGCUGCCAUAACACAGCGGUAGACUUGCAGGAUGCCGAGAGAAAAGCAUUUAAAACUCCUGCAAAUACAGCUGUGCCUCUCAAUACUUCUCAGAAAAGAACUGCUCCUGGCCCAGUUGUGGGUUGGCCUCCAAUUCGUUCCAUAAGGAAAAAUCUUGCCAGUAACAGUUGUUCAAAACUAGCUUCUGAAUCACCAAGUGUGGACCCUACUCACAAGGUGGCUAAUGAAAAACCAGCAGCUGAACCUAAUGGCAAAACCCUGUUUGUGAAAAUCAACAUGGAUGGUGUUCCUAUAGGAAGGAAAGUGGAUCUCAAAGCCUAUGAUAGCUAUGAAAAGCUGUCUACUGCUGUGGAUGAACUCUUCAGAGGCCUCCUUGCUGCUCAAAGAGAUUCCUCUGCUGGUGGAAUAGUGAACGAGCAAGAGGGAGAGAAAGUGAUUACGGGCGUAUUGGACGGGAGUGGGGAAUAUACGCUUGUUUAUGAGGAUGAUGAAGGAGACAGUAUGCUUGUUGGGGAUGUCCCAUGGCACAUGUUCGUGUCGACGGUGAAGAGGCUGCGCGCAUUGAAGAGCUCCGAGCUAUCUGCGCUUAGCCUUGGGAGCAGCAAGCAAGGGAAGACGAAGGGUUGAAUCAUUUGGCCACCAUGAUAACGAGUUUUCUUCUCUCCAAAGAGACCUUCGAAUUAUGUAUAUUUAUACUGUUUUGACAAAUUUUCUGCCCCUAUUUUGCGAUGCAACUUAUUGUGCCCAGCAGUAUAUAUAUAAGUCGUUUUAUAUGUAAGUUUUGAUGUGUUUCCCCCUUGGCUUAAACGUCAAUGGGAUUUGGUGC